CGAGAUUUCGAUUUAAAAAAAACUCAAAAGCAUAUUGGCAGAUAAAGUGUGGUUUUCUUCAUCAUGUUAGAACCACUUUUGCCAAUGCUACUUAAGAAAACUAUAGUUUUAGCAAGUGAAUCGCCAAGGAGAGUAGAAAUUCUCAAAAAAGUUGGUUUGAAGUUUAAAGCUGUGCCAUCGAAGUUCGAGGAAAACUUGGAUAAAGCAGCUUUUAAACAUCCUUAUGAAUAUGCAAAAGCCACUGCAAAGGGAAAGGCUCUUGAUGUAUUUAAAAGCUACAGUGAAAACACAGAGAAUUGUGACGAGAUUCCGGAUGUUAUUAUUGCAGCCGAUACUGUGGUGACGUUAGACGAUACCAUAUAUGGUAAACCAGAGGACGAUAAAGAUGCAUUUGAAAUGCUUACAAGGUUUAGCGGAAGAACUCAGACUGUGUAUACUGGAGUUUGCAUCAUCUACAACCAGGCUGACAACUGCUCAACUGAUAAUAAAGGUGCUGAUCAAAUAAAUACAUUCCAUGAUGCCACUGAUGUCACAUUUUCUACAAUGACAUCAGAUGUCAUACAGGGUUACAUUGACACCGGUGAACCUAUGGGUAAAGCAGGUGGUUAUGGCAUCCAAGGUAUUGGCGGCUCUCUAGUGGAAUCCAUCCAUGGGGACUACUACAAUGUCAUGGGUUUCCCACUAAAUCAUUUCUGUAGACAUUUACAAGAAUAUUUACAGAAUCAAACAAUAGCAUAAUAAUAACAAUUUAUAUUUUUAUAUGCUGGUCUUUAUUCAUGUAUUGGACAGAGAAUAGAAAGUCAAGCUUUUAUGGAACAAGUAUGGUCUGGCAGAAAGAGAGGUCCAGCACUGUAAUCUUAUGCUAUGAGAGGACUGACACUUAAAAGUCUGGCACUACAAGAAUUCAGGCUCUCUUUUAAUCGCCAUUCUUUUGCUAUGUGAGGUCCAGCACUCUUAAAAUCUUGUGCUAUGAGAGGACUGACACUAUGAGGGCCCAGGCUCUACAAGUAAUUUGACACAAUUUUAAUCCAGCAAAAUGAGAGGUCUGGCAUUCUCUAAGCUGGCAUUAUGAGAGGUCGGAUACUCAAAAAAACUAUAUCUCGUAUUAUGUGUACUUUUUAUGUAGAAAACAAAUGAUUGAAAAUAGAGGAAGUGAAA